GCAAGUUCUACAGGGUCCUUUUUUCUUGAUAUGUCAGCAACCCUGCCAUUGUUGCUCCAAAGGCUGAAUGCCGGGUUUGCACUUGGACACUUUAGAAAUGCCGGCUUUUCCGUGGACAGAGCAGCUGCCUUGGGAAGACAGAGUGAAAAUGAUCUCUACUUGCCAAAUUUUGUUCGUAAAUUUGACAAAUCCUUCGCAUGUAUUUCUGCAGUUGGAUGCGUUGCUACAGCUCAUUUUGAAUCGUUUUGUAGAUUCGUCCUUGAGGAGGCGGAUACUUCGACCAGGUAUAAAUCUAAUAUUCUAGUCUAUAUACAGUAGUUAAGUUCUGACAUUUUCAUUAGAAAGUUGGCCUGGCAGAAAGAGGCGAGUACGGGAAGAGGUUUCACAGCUCAAGAAGGUUUGGCGCAGAUUCUAAUAAUGCUGUCAAUGUGAACUGCCUCGAAGAGGAAGACACAUCAAUGCCCUCAGGGCUUUGCGGUUCUGAACUUUGAACUGCGGGCUUUGAACGGCAUUCGGAGGAAAUUCAAGUGAUUCAAAUGACAACUGUUUGAGCCUACGACAAGCGUUGGCGUGUGCCUGAGAAAGAGAAACAACAGGUCAGAGCUCAGAUGGUCUCCGCUGCCUACUGGCAUGGACAAAAUUCAUGUGACUUCCUUUCAAGCAGCAGGUGAAGGGCUAUGUGAAGAAGGAUUCCGCUGUGUCUCUAGGAUUUCCAAGUUUGGUACGGGACAUUGGGGCCAGGUUGACCCCGGCAAAGAGGAGAUUGCAGAUGAUGGCUCAGCACCUGUGUAUGAAUGGGGCUGCCCAUUUCAAGGGGAGUGGUCUGAAAAUAAGUACGAAAGCGGGCCUGGUGAUGAUCAGUGCACUGACGAAGGAGACUGCAUUUGCAUCGCCCGCGGGUCCCCAGAUAUGCAUACAGAGCUUGAAGGCGGCCAUGAAAAAAUCAUUGGUAGAUUUGAAACACAGUCGGGCAAAGCACAUCUCGGCCACGAACCACAACUGAUUCAUGUAAUCCCACAUUACUGGAUGCGCACCAAGGAUGGUGCCCCGUUUGAUAUAGACAAUCCACAUUCUGGCCUGGGCACCGUCAAAGAGUUCGAUAGGGAAGAGUGGUUGCUGAAGUACAAGGAAGAAGCUCCAAAAAUCCAAAGUGCGCUUGACAAGCUCAGAGCCACCAUUGAUGCUGAAUAUAGAGCCAAGGUUCAAGAUGGUGGACCAUUUGUUUGUGAUGGAGCCCAGUCAGCUGGACAGGAACCUUCCUUGACCAAGGCAGAAACGCAGAUGGAUCUCAUGAGAAUUCGACGCUUUCAAGUACUUGCCAAUGACUGUGUCGACAUGAGAGACACAGCAGCCAAAGUUGCGGGCAAGGCAGAGGAGGAGACAUUCGCUCCUUCCGGAAAGUCCGAGGGUGGAGAUGAGCUGAAGUGUUUCAAGAAAAAGGAUUCAACAGAGUGCCAGCAACUCAAUUGCUAUCGUGGAUUUGAAGAUCAAGGAUUUCUUGACAGGUUGCAGUUGCUGAAAACACAAUUGGACUCUUGCAAACCUGAAGAGGACACGCCCCUGGUUGGAGUGGACACCAAUAGCAGCCAAGAUGCGGCUGUUGCUGCUUCUGAGGCAGACAAGACUAAUGAGCUCGCAGGGAAGGAAGCAGGUAAGGAAGUGGGACUUGAAGCUCCUGAAGCACAAAAGGACACUGCAGAAAAGGGCGAGGCUGCUACAAAGCUUCCCUCUUCAGGACAAGAACAAUCAAUCGGGCAUACCAGUUGGCUGGCAGCAGUGGUGAGCAGCUUCCGAAAGGAAAGCAGGUCCCGGUGCAGGGACUUCCUAUGACGUCGCAAUGCUUGGUUGAUCAGUAUCUAAGUCAUCCAUGACUGCCUCCACCCUGCCACUCAAAGAGUUGCUGUGCAUCCAAAAUGUGUUGCAAACUGUGCCCAGCGCAAGAGCAAAA